CCCCCCCUUUUUUUUUUUUUGCCAUUGCUGGAAAGCAUUGCAGCGAGUCGGGCUUGCCCUUCUAAUUCCAGUCUAGGAGCAGAGAUUCGGGAGCUGGGACCUGAGCGUGGAGCUGGACUGCAGGGAAGCUGAGAGCAACCUUUCCUGAUUCUCCUCCUCAUUUGGCUCUAUCUUCUGACAGAGAACGCGGGGAUCCCCUGCCAUCUCCUCCCCCCUCCCCCACACGCACGCACACACGGGUGCGCGCGCCCCGAAAGGCUAGGCUGCGGAGAGGGAGCUCUGUGAUGUUGGAAUAGCCGAGGACUCAUCCUUGCUCUUGUCCAGAGAGAAGCAGAGCGUGGAAUCCCCGGGCACAGACUCUAAAAGGGACGUGUAGCCACUGGGAAGAGAAAGGAAAGAAGAGAGGGACUGGGGUGGGGGGUCUCGGCUGACUUAUGGGGGCCGGGGAGCACUGAAAACUGGAGCCGCGGGGCCGCGUUUUUCAGCCCCGGAGAUGACUUGGAAGAGCUGCCUUUGGGAACUAUGUGGAGGGUGGCUGCGAGCUGUGCUGCAAAACCUCCGGCUGGGAUAGCCGCCUCCAGUGGGGGCUAUGCGGGCAGCGCCGGACGGCAAGGGGAGCGCGCUGGGGUGGCAGGAUGGGAGAGCCCCCUAACCUCGGCUGCUGCUGAGGCAGCCGAAAUGCUCGACUGCGCAGCGCGCCCCACCGCAGCCUCGACCUUCUCCGGCGAUCCUGGGAUCGCAGCUGGCGACCAUGGGCAGACUGGGCUACUGGGCGUUGCUGGUGCUGCCGGCUCUGCUGGUGUGGCGAAGCCCGGCACGAGCUCGCGCGGAGAAGGGGCCCCCGGCGUUGAACAUCGCAGUGCUUCUGGGCCGGAGCCACGAUGUGACAGAGCGGGACAUCCGUAGCCUGUGGGGCCGGGAACUGGCAGGUGAGCUUGCUCUCGACGUGAAUGUGGUGGCCAUGCUGGUCAACCUUACAGACCCCAAGAGUCUCAUCACCCAUGUCUGCGACCUCAUGUCUGGCGCCCGCAUCCAUGGGCUAGUGUUUGGGGAUGAUACGGACCAGGAAGCCAUCGCACAGAUCUUGGAUUUUAUCUCCUCCCAGACCUUCAUCCCCAUCCUGGGGAUCCAUGGUGGUGCCUCCAUGAUCAUGGCUGAUAAGGAUCCGAUGUCUACCUUCUUCCAGUUUGGAGCUUCCAUCCAGCAGCAAGCCACUAUUAUGAUGAAGAUCAUGCAGGAUUACGACUGGCAUGUCUUCUCUGUGGUGACUACCACUUUUCCUGGCUACCGGGACUUCAUAAGCUUCAUCAAGACCACGGUAGACAACAGCUUUGUUGGCUGGGACAUGCAGAAUGUGAUAACCCUGGAUACUUCCUUUGGGGAUGCCAAGACACAAAUCCAGCUAAAGAAAAUCCAUUCCUCUGUCAUCCUGCUUUACUGCUCUAAGGAUGAAGCCGUUCUGAUUCUGAGUGAGGCCCGCUCCCUGGGCCUGACGGGCUAUGAUUUCUUCUGGAUUGUUCCAAAUCUGGUUUCUGGCAAUACAGAGCUCAUCCCCAAAGAGUUUCCUUCAGGCCUCAUUUCAGUCUCCUAUGAUGACUGGGACUACAGUUUGGAGGAGAGAGUAAGAGAUGGGCUAGGGAUUAUCACCACUGCUGCCUCAUCCAUGUUGGAAAAGUAUUCAUUCAUUCCUGAAGCCAAGACCAGCUGCUAUGGACAGAUAGAGAAACCUGAGCUCCCACUGCAUACCCUACACAAAUUCAUGAUCAAUGUGACAUGGGAAGGCAAAGACUUGUCUUUCACAGAAGCAGGGUACCAAGUGCACCCCAGGUUAGUGGUGAUUGUGCUGAACAAGGACCGAGAGUGGGAAAAGGUGGGGAAAUGGGAGAAUCAGACCCUGAGCCUGACACAUUCCGUGUGGCCGAGGUACAAAUCGUUUGCCGACUGUGAGCCGGAUGACAACCAUCUGAGCAUCGUCACUCUGGAAGAAGCUCCAUUUGUCAUUGUGGAAGACAUAGACCCGUUAACUGAGUCCUGUGUGCGAAAUACUGUGCCGUGUCGGAAAUUUGUCAAAAUCAACAACUCAACCAAUGAGGGGACCAAUGUAAAGAAAUGCUGCAAGGGCUUCUGUAUUGACAUCCUGAAGAAGCUGUCUCGGACUGUGAAGUUCACCUAUGACCUCUACCUGGUGACCAAUGGGAAGCAUGGGAAGAAAGUCAAUAAUGUGUGGAAUGGAAUGAUUGGAGAAGUGGUGUACCAUCGAGCCGUCAUGGCAGUGGGGUCUCUAACAAUUAAUGAGGAACGUUCAGAGGUGGUGGACUUUUCUGUUCCAUUUGUGGAGACAGGAAUCAGCGUCAUGGUUUCCCGAAGUAAUGGCACAGUAUCUCCUUCUGCCUUUUUAGAGCCUUUUAGCGCUUCCGUGUGGGUGAUGAUGUUCGUGAUGCUCCUCAUUGUGUCCGCCAUGGCUGUUUUCAUAUUUGAAUACUUCAGUCCAGUUGGCUAUAACAGGAGCUUAGCCAGAGGCAAAGCUCCUCAUGGGCCUUCUUUUACUAUUGGAAAAGCUGUAUGGUUACUCUGGGGCCUGGUCUUCAAUAAUUCUGUGCCUGUUCAGAACCCAAAAGGGACCACCAGCAAAAUCAUGGUGUCUGUUUGGGCCUUCUUUGCGGUCAUAUUCCUGGCCAGUUACACUGCCAACCUGGCUGCCUUCAUGAUUCAAGAAGAAUUUGUUGACCAGGUGACUGGCCUAAGUGAUAAAAAGUUUCAGAAACCUCAUGAUUACUCCCCCCCUUUUCGGUUUGGCACAGUUCCUAAUGGGAGCACAGAAAGGAACAUCAGGAAUAAUUACCCUUAUAUGCAUCAGUAUAUGACCAAAUUCAACCAGAAAGGAGUCGAGGAUGCUCUGGUCAGCUUGAAAACCGGGAAGUUGGAUGCUUUCAUCUAUGAUGCUGCAGUGCUGAAUUACAAGGCUGGGAGAGAUGAAGGCUGCAAACUGGUGACAAUUGGGAGUGGCUAUAUCUUCGCUACCACUGGGUAUGGCAUUGCCCUCCAGAAAGGCUCCCCGUGGAAGAGGCAGAUCGACCUGGCCCUUCUUCAGUUUGUUGGUGAUGGAGAGAUGGAGGAGCUGGAGACACUCUGGUUGACGGGAAUCUGCCACAAUGAGAAGAAUGAGGUGAUGAGCAGCCAGCUGGACAUUGACAACAUGGCAGGAGUGUUCUACAUGCUUGCUGCUGCCAUGGCACUCAGCCUCAUCACCUUUGUCUGGGAACAUUUAUUUUACUGGAAACUCAGGUUUUGCUUCACUGGAGUGUGCACAGACAGGCCAGGACUGUUGUUCUCCAUCAGCAGGGGCAUUUACAGCUGCAUUCAUGGAGUGCAUAUUGAGGAGAAAAAGAAGUCACCAGAUUUUAAUUUGACUGGCUCCCAGAGCAACAUGUUAAAACUCUUACGGUCAGCCAAAAACAUUUCUAACAUGUCCAACCUGAACUCCUCCAGAAUUAAUUCCCCCAAAAGAACAACUGAUUAUAUCCAAAGAGGCUCCCUCAUCAUGGAUAUGGUCCCAGAUAAAGGGAAUUUGAUAUACUCUGAUAACAGAUCUUUUCAUGGAAAAGACAAUGUUUUUGGGGACAACAUGAAUGAACUUCAGACAUUUGUGGCCAACAGGCAUAAAGACAACCUCAAUAACUAUGUUUUCCAGGGGCAGCAUCCUCUCACCUUAAAUGAGUCCAAUCCUAAUACAGUGGAGGUUGCUGUGAGCACAGAGUCCAAAGGGAACUCUAGACCCCGGCAACUUUGGAAAAAGUCCAUGGAGUCCUUGCGCCAAGAUUCACUGAGCCAAAACCCAGUUCCUCAACAGCGGGAGAAUGGCUUGGUGGAGAACAGAACCCACUCUCUGAAGAGUCCCAGGUACCUUCCUGAAGAGGUGGCCCACUCUGACAUCUCAGAAACUUCAAGCCGGGCCACGUGCCACAUGGAGCUUGAGAACAACAACAAACAUCACAAGACCAAGGACAAUUUUAAGAAAAGGUCUGUGGCCUCCAAAUACCCCAAGGACUGCAGUGAUGUUGAGCUCACCUACCUGAAAACCAAAGCAAGUUCCCCCAGGGACAAGAUCUAUACCAUUGAUGCCGAAAAGGAGCCCAGUUUCCACAUAGAACAACCCCAGUUUAUUGAAAACCUCGUCCUUCCUGAGAAUGUGGACUUUCCUGAGGUGUAUCAGGAUCCCAAUGACAACUAUCAAAAGGGGGAUGCUACACUUUCUGUUAACAGGACUCCUUUGCACAAUGAAGAUGGCAACGUCCCCAACAAUGACCAGUACAAACUCUUUUCCAAGCAUUACACCUUGAAGGAAAAGAGCUCUCCCCACAGUGAAGGGAGUGACAGGUACCGACAGAAUUCUACCCACUGUAGGAGCUGUCUCUCCAACCUGCCCAACUACACUGGGCAUUACACCACCCGAUCCCCCUACAAAUGUGAUUCCUGCCUGAGGAUGGGUAACCUCUAUGAUAUUGAUGAGGACCAGAUGCUGCAGGAAACCACAACCAACCCUGCCCACCCUGAGGAGACAUAUGAACAGGACUGGGUUCAGAACAAUGCCCUUCAAUUCCAGAAGAAGAAUAAGUUGAGGAUUAGCCGGCAACAUUCCUAUGACAACAUUCUGGACAAGCCCAGGGAGACUGACCUCGGAAGACCCUCUCGGAGCAUAAGCUUAAAGGAGAAGGAGAGACUCUUGGAAGGGAAUUUGUAUGGGAGCUUAUUUAGUGUCCCCUCCAGCAAACUGUCGGGGAACAAGGGCUCCCUUUUAUCUCAAGCACUGGAAGACAAUAAAAGGAGCAAAUCUCUCUUCCCAGACCACUCCUCAGAUAACCCCUUCCUACACUCCUACCAGGAUGACCAGCGGCUGGUCAUUGGGAGAUGCCCCUCUGACUCUUAUAAACAUUCAUUGCCCUCCCAAGUGAGGAAUGACAACUACUUGAGGUCGUCUCUAAGAUCAACAGCGUCAUCAUACUGUUCCAGGGACAGCCGGGGCCACAACGACACAUACAUUCCCGAGCAUGUGAUGCCUUAUGUGGCAAAUAAUAAUAUUGUAUACUCUACCCCCAGGGUCCUCAACUCCUGCAGCAAUAGACUCACAGCCCAAACCAGACCCCAGAACUCAGGGCCCUGGAAAGAAUCGGUAUGUCCGCACAUCCGAGGCUACCUUCAGUCUAGGCUGUCAUCAAGAUAUGGAGACGCAUCUGGAAUAAUAGGCCCCAGCUGUUCCUGGUGAGGAAUCCGUAGGAACCCCUUCGGCUGUUGGUUUAUGCGGGUCAAAUGCUUUCUUUUGUUGGGUUUCACAGGCACUUAAUGCUAACUUAAGAGCUCAACAGUUUGCUGUGCAGUCAGAAUUCACAGCUGCAUAACCUAAAAUAUGUAUUUUUUUUAGAUGUCAAUAUGUGGAUCUUACAUCUGUGACACAGUGGACCUCACUAUUUAUUUAUCAUGAAGCCUCGUGUGUACGUAAGUUUGCAUCUCCUCCCUUCUGGUGACUACUCAGGGCUGUAUAGUAUCUCUUACCCCUUCACUCCAAAAGUAACUGUAACUCAUUUUUCACCAAGUGGUCCUGGUGGCAUCUAAUUAACUAUGUAUUGUUAUCCAAGUUGUCAAUGCUAUGUCAUGAACCAACAGCCAUAUGUUUCAUGCCAUCAAGAAGGAGAAGGAUGCCAUCUGUUUGCUGAAGGCUGACACAAUUUUACAUUGAUCGUAUUGCUCUGUGGAAUUGUAAUUUCCACCUCCACCACCUUCCCCCCGAUUCCCAAAUCAGAACCCUCCGUACAUGUCUAGUAGAUACAUGUACCCAUGAAUUGAAUAUCUAUAUCCUGAUAGUCAUAGAGAAACUAUGGUAGGACAAGUGGUCUGUCAUCUCAGACACAUUAGCCUCACUGAUGCCAACCUAUUCUUCUAUGUCUCCUUGAGAUAUUGAAUCAUUUUUUUCUUUCUAAAUCCACUAGUCAUUUAUUUUUUAUUCCAGAAGACAUGUUGAAAAGAAAAAAAAAAGAAUAUUCUUUAAUAAAUCACACCAAAAUGAAAGUGGAUGAAAGGACUGGUGUGUCACCCAAAUCCCAAAUAUGCACUUUAUUAGACCCGCCUCCAAUGGUUAAAAACUAUAUAUAUACACACACACACACACA